AUGACAAAUGACACCACUGUGACCGAAUUCAUUCUCAAGGGCUUCUCAGACACUCCUGAACUGGGGCUUAUCAGCAGUGCAUUUUUCCUUUUCAUCUACCUCUUCACCCUCCUGGGCAACACCUCCAUUAUUGCAGCUGUGACCAGAGACAGACACCUCGACACCCCCAUGUACUUCUUCCUGAAGAAUCUGUCCUUCUUGGACAUGUGUUAUAUCUCCAUCACUGUCCCCAAGGCACUGAUCAAUUCAUUCAUGGGCUCUGGAGUCAUUUCCUUUGGGGAAUGUGUGGCCCAGCUCUUUUCAUUUGUAAUGUUGUGUGCCUCUGAGUGCUUCUUGCUCACAUCCAUGGCAUAUGAUCACUGUCUAGCCAUCCAGAGGCCCCUCUUCUAUGAGAUCAUUAUGAGCAAAAGGUUGUGUGCAGAACUUGUCAUUGUGGCCUGGCUGAGUGGGGUUUUCUAUGCCAUCUUCCACACAACCAGCACCUUCUCCCUCCUGUUCUGUGGCCCCAACAUCAUUGACCAUUUUUUCUGUGAUAGCUCCCCCAUCAUGAGACUCUCCUGCAGUGAUGCCCUCACCAAUGAGGAAGUUGAAUUUGCAGUGGGUGGGUGUAUAAUUCUCAGUGCCUGUGCACUCACCAUUAUCUCAUAUGUUCUCAUCAUCUCUACCAUUGCACAGAUUCACUCUGCUGAGGGCCGUUGGAAGGCCUUCUCCACCUGCUCUUCUCACCUGAUCACGGUCAUUCUGUUUUAUGUCACUGGGAGCUUUGCUUACCUGAGACCCUCUUCCCACUACUCUCCCACUCAAGGGCGGCUAGUUUCUGUGUGUUACACCAUCAUCACACCUAGCCUGAACCCUGUUGUCUACUCUCUGAGAAACAAGGACAUGCAGGUGGCCCUGAAAAAACUGUUUGUUCCAUCCAAGUAG